AUGGCGGGUUUCUCCAAGGACGGAAACAACGGUACUUCGCAAAAGAGGCAACGUACUUCCGGUGAUGCGGAGGGGAACAAGAAACGCACGGCGACGCUGCACGAUCUCGAUGCUUUCGAGUGUCCCCUUUGCUUCAAUCCUCUCACCAUUUCUAUCUUCCAGUGUGAUAAUGGUCAUAUAGCAUGCUUUUCUUGCCUCGACAAGUUGAGGAAAAAAUGUCCAACGUGCUCCUUGCCCACCCUUUCCCGUAAUAGAGCUAUGGAACGGGUUCUUAAACUGCUGACAAUUCCAUGUCCAAAUGUAGAAUUUGGUUGCUCCGAGAAUGUAUCUUUUACUAAAACAUCAAAACAUUUGGAGAUCUGUGCUUUCACUCAACGUGCUUGCCCUUUUAGCAGCUGCGACUUUGUUUGCUUUAACAAGGAUUUAUAUGAACACAGUGUUGCUAAACACUGUAAGUCCACAUAUAUGUUUGAGUGUGGAACGCCCGUGUUUACGUACCCUUUGAGUGGUGAGAGGGUCAUUCUCAAGGAACGGACUACAAAGGGAGAAGGAGAGAUUGUUAUUGUGGAGUGUUUUGACACACCACAAGGUCGAGUAUUCUAUGCUAGCUGUAUUGGACCAGGGGAAGACAAGUUCUCCUACACUUUCAAGUUCUUUUCAUCUUGCCCUGACCGCUUGUGGUUCGAAUCAGAUCUCCAAAGAGUUCGUGAAGUGAGCGAUGAACCACCGGAUGGGCAUUUUAUGUUGGUUCCUUCAUGCAUGUGCCCUGACUACAAGUUUUAUAUAUGUAUAAACCGGAAGACCUAA